AAUUGCAUUAUUGUUUGCAUAACUAUUUGCGUGUGUUUGUGCAUGGAGUUUUAUAUAUAAGGCAAAAAAGAAUUAGUUAAAAUAUAUAGAAAUAUAUAUAUAUACAACUGAUAAAAUAUGGAUAUGUCCACAAGUUUGUCUUCUCUAUUUGGAAGAAAUAUUUUUUGCAGUCGGAUACUUUUUCUGUUGAUUAUGAUCAAUUUUAUCAAAAUAAACAAAGCGCUCACUCUGGUACCCAGUACUUUGAGGUCGUGCCAAAGCAAUUCUGAUUGUAUGACGGAUGAAUGCUGUGCAGCGCAACAACAUGGAGGGGUUGGUAGAUGCGAAAAAAUGUUGACACAAAAUGCUCCGUGUCUGCAACAAUACGAUAUUAAGAUUGUUUUUUUGGCCAAUGGUGGAAUUGCUAAAAGUAAAUGUGGCUGUCAAUCGGGUUUGAUUUGCACAAAAUUACAGAGAAAUAAUUGGAAUAUAAAAAAGAGAGAAUGGUCGGAAGAGGAGAGACAGAAAAAAACAAAAUAUAAACUACAGUGUAAACCAAUACCUGGUGAAGUCGACGAAAUAAUAGAAAACAAAUAAACACACAAGAAACAGAAUAAAGAAAAAAAUUAUGUCAAAUGGUUGCGGUACCUGACACAAUUCAGCAGACAACAAGUACAAACCAACAUUCGAUGAAAUGAAAGUAAAAGUCUUUUUUUGUUUUAAAAAAAAGUAUAAAUAUUAUGAAAAUAACAUCCUAUCAAAACGUCGUGAAAAUGUUUGACCUGUUAUAACAUCAAAAAAUUGAAUUGACCUAUCAAAGCAUAUCUUUACAGCUUUGUUAUGAUCCGUCAAAACCUCUUGAUAAUGUUUUUUAAAUUGUUUUAUAAGGAAAAUAAUAUAAAGAAAAACGAAAAAAUAAAAAUUUAAAUUUAAAAAAAUAAAUAAUUUUUUAACAGUUUUGUGAAUGUUUAUUUUUAAAAACGAAAAAAUAAUUUUAGGGUGUAGUUAUUUAAGAAAUAUGUCGCUAUGUCAAUUUGACUUUAACAUUGGUUUUUUAUUUAAACAAACAUGACUAUAGUUUGACCAGAAAUUUUAUUUUGCUUAAAUUAGAAUAGUAUUUUUAUUUCACUAUAUUGUGCAACGUUAUCUUGUUUAUGCUUACGCAAAUUUUUUAAUGCCAGAAGGGCGUAUAUAAUAAUAGUAUUUUUAUUUAUUUGGCACGCUGUAAUUUUGUAAAAUUCUUAACUUAUUAAAUCCAAAUGUAUUAAGAAUAACCUAUUUUUUAUUUUAAUACAAUUUUUUUAUUUUAUUAUAUAUUUUUUUCUACUGCACUACAUUUUAUUCUACUUAUUUAUUUUUUUCUAAAUUUUCAGAUAUUAUCUCUUUAUAUAGCCUUAAAUAAUUUCUUAUUUAUUUUUCUGGCUAAAAACUUUAAAAAAAUACUUUCUUUAGCCAAACUAAACAGCCCUCGCUUUUUCUUGUUUAUUAGUAUAACACCAUUUAUAAAACAACAUUUUUUAUUUAUUUUUGAACUUUAUUAUUGAAUAAACUACUUUAAAAUGUCAUUAUUAUUGAGCUUUCUUUCCAAAGAACUUUUUUGAGCUUUCACGAUUUAAAUAGAACAUUUAUUUUAGAUGCGUUUUUUACAUUCAUACAUACAUACAUUCAUACAUACAUACAAAAGCCGACGACACGGAUUUCGAAGUGGAGGGGGGCACAAUCGUCAAUUUCUAAAAAAUGUCCUCUAUAUCAAGAAUUUUACAACAAAAAAAAAAAAAAAAAAAAAAAGAAAAAAGGCC